GGGAUAGAAGGGAAUGAAAUUGUGGAUGUACUGGCAAAAAGAUCGAUAGAACAUGAAACAGUUGAUAUACAAGUACAUUAAGUAGAGCAGAGAUCAAAACCAUUAUAAACGGACACGCGCAUAAAACAUUGCAGGAAUACUGGGACACAGCUGACACCGGACGACAACUAUAUACCAUACAAAAACAAGUAGGCAUAAGUGUGAGGCAGGGCAGAAACCCAAAGGAAGAGAUGAUAAUUACGCGUCGUAGAAUAGGUCAUGCUGGCUUAAAUCUAGCAUUAAACAGAAUAGGAAAACACCCCACUGGACUCUGCACACACUGCAGUACACAAGAGACAGUAAAACACAUCCUGUUAGACUGCACAAGGUAUGAGGAGGAAAGAACUGAGCUAGAGAUGCAGAUUGGAAAACAAAACAUGACACUAGAGAACUUGCUGGGGAAAACAUCUGGGAAAAUGCACUGCCCCCUAAUAAACUAUUUAAAAAAUACUGGGAUAAGUGAGAGACUUUAGUAAUCUAGUAGGAAUAUCUAUAGCUAUUCAUCUCUUUAUUUUCUUUUAUUUAUGUAUUAUUGUUUUGGUAUUGUUAUUAAUUAAUUAAUUUAUUUAUUUUUUAUUUAUUUAUUUAUUUAUUUUUUUCUUUUCCUGCCAACCUACUAUCCACACUCCAGUCCAGUAUGUGGCGGUAAUGCACCUUUAGUGGUUUGCCAACCGCCAUUAAAACAAAAAGAAUAAGAAGAAGAAAAAGAAUGUUCGCAAACUGGAAACAUGGCAGACUCAGAGGGAAAAGAUGGAGAUGGGAAAGUCGUGGAGAUUGCACGAGUUAAGAUUGAAGGUCGAGAACUGACAAAAGAAGAGAAGCAGCGUCUGCGGAAAGAGAAGAAACAGCAGAAGAAGGGCAAAAAAGAUGACAAAGGUCCAACAGAAAAAGGGGUGGAUAAAGAAAAAAAAGAAGCCUCUUCCACCGCUCAGCAUCCACUUCCACAGAGUCCAGCACAGAAAGUGCCAUCAGUGGUUGCUGCGCCUGUCAGUGUAGCUACAGUAGAGAGCGCUACGUCUGCAGACAAGCCAGCUAAGAGUAAAGCAGAGCUGAAGGCAGAGCGAAGGGCACGCCAGGAAGCAGAUCGUGCAGCGAAACAGUCUAAGAAAGAGCCGGGCGCCUCCUCCAUGAGCAAGCCUAAAGCUCCUCAGAGUGAACUACAGCCAGUGGUGAAACGAUUACCAGAACACAUCCAAGUAGAUGAUCCUGCAGUGGUGAGAAAGCUGGCCAAGAAGCUCGAGAGACAACAGAUUCCUCUGAGGUCGGAGUAUGGCUACAAAGUCAGCCUGUUCUCUCACCUGCACCAGUACAGCCGCAAAGCCCCUCUCACGCAGCAAAUCAGCAUCCCUGCCACAGUUAUUCACCCCUUCAUAGUCCGGUUGGGCCUGCAGUACUCCCAGGGCAUCAUAGCUGGCUCAAACGCUCGCUCUGUGGCUCUCUUGCAUGCCUUUAAACAGGUGAUUCAAGACUACAGUACUCCUCCAAAUGAGGAGUUGUCCAGGGACCUAGUGAACAAACUGAAGCCCUACAUCAGUUUUCUCAAUCAAUGUCGCCCCCUCUCGGCAAGUAUGGGUAAUGCAAUCAAAUACAUCAAGAAAGAGAUCUCCAAUAUUCCAAAUCAGUGCAAAGAGGAGGAGGCUAAGAAGAAACUAUUGUCAUGUAUUGACAACUAUGUAAAUGAGAAGAUCAAGUUGGCUGCUGAAGCCAUCUCUAAAUUCGCAAGUGAAAAGAUCAGUGAUGGUGAUGUCAUUCUAAUUUAUGGAUGCUCCUCACUUGUCAAUCAUAUCCUGUGUGAGGCGUUUGAGAAACUCCAGAGGAAGUUCCGAGUCAUCGUGGUGGACAGCCGGCCCAGACUGGAGGGCAGGGAAGCACUGAGACGUUUGGUGAAGAGAGGAAUUCGCUGUACUUACGUGCUCAUAUCUGCCCUCCCCUACAUUCUGCCUGAGGUGUCCAAGGUGUUUCUUGGUGCCCAUGCUCUUCUGGCUAACGGGUACGUCAUGUCACGAGUGGGAACAUCGCAAAUAGCCCUUGUAGCCAAGGCGUACAAUGUGCCUGUGCUGGUCUGCUGUGAGACCUACAAGUUCUGUGAACGAGUGCAGACCGACUCGUUCGUAUCUAACGAGCUGGAUGACCCUGAUGAUCUGAUCGUGACACGGAAGGGGAAGACCCAGCUGGAGAACUGGCAGUGUGUGAAAUCCUUGGGCUUGCUGAACUUGGUCUAUGAUGUUACACCUCCAGACUUUGUUGACUUGGUGAUCACAGAGCUAGGCAUGAUCCCCUGUACCUCUGUGCCUGUAGUACUAAGAGUGAAGAAUGUGGAUCAGUGAUGAUCAGGCUUCCCGUUUUACAUCUGUUUAUUCAUAAGCCUGGACACGCUGCACAUCUGGCAUAAAAUAAAUCUUAUCUAAAAUGCCACUUCCUUUUUAA